GGCGAGUCGGAGAGUGCAACUGUGGAGUCGCCUGUGGGUCGAUGCAGUACUAUAGUACGAUGCCAUUUGGGGGCUGAAUGUUUUGCUUUGGCUGUUGAAUUGUCAAGUCACUCUGCUUUGUGUUCUGCUUGACCCCACCAGGGGAACCAGGGGUUUCUGACAAUGAAUGGUCGGGAAACAAAGAACUGAUGGUGGAUUGUAACACACACACUCUCUCUCUCUGGAAGUGACGGUUGUUCCCCCGCUAUUAUGUUCGGGACCUUAUAAUAAAUAGCUUGGAUCUCCUCUUGCUCUCCAUCCCCAUCCCCUCAGAUUCCUGUCUUCUACUAACUACCUUAUUCUUCACUACACCACCACCAGUGCACACCAUCCUCAGCACCAUCAUCAUCACUAGCGUCAUCACCAUCAGACACACAACUAAACACCCCCACAAUGACGGAUUCACAGCUCACCAUACUAGAAACAUGGCUCUCCUCCCACCCCGCCGUUCAAUACACCCCGCGCACCUCCCCAUCCUUCGCCGACGAAAUCGCCGUCUGGAACGCCGGCCGCAGCAAAAGCCACAUCCCGCUCGCCGCCGUCAAACCGCGCACCUUCGCCGACGUCGGCGCCCUCAUCCACAUCUGCCGCACCUACAAUAUUCCCUUCACCUUUCGCGCAGGGGGCCACAACAUCGAAGGCAAGGCCCUCCACCACGACGCCCUCCUCAUUGACCUCCGCGGCUUCGACUCCGUGCGCAUCGCCCCCGAUCGCAAGUCCGCCACCGUUGGCGGCGGCAUCCUGCAGGGGAAACUGGGUGAGACGCUGUGGAAGGAAGGUCUGUUCACCCCCACCGGAUCCAUUGCCGACGUGGGAUACGUGGGCUGGAGUACGUAUGGCGGAUACGGACUGUUUACGCCGCACUGGGGACUAGGAGUGGAUCAGAUCCUGGGGGCCAAAGUGGUCAAGGCGGAUGGGAUGUGUGUGGACACCGACAAGGAGGAGGGACUGUUGCAGGGGAUCAAGGGGGCUGGGGGGGCUUUCGGGGCGAUUGUGGAGGUGAGAGUUCGCGUGUAUGAGAUGAAGAAGCUUCUCUCCGGCGUAAUCAUGUUCGAAUCGUCCAACAUCCGCAAGACCUUUGUCGAAUUCAACGCCGCAUUCCACAGCCUCCAGAGCGAGGGCCUCCCCGACGAGCUCGCGGUGCAGCAGUUCGCAAUCAACGCGCCCCCCGGCCGACUCUUCGGGACGAUUUUUGUGUGGAGCGGCGAGGAUCUGGACGAGGGCCGUCGCUGGGCCGACCGGAUCGCGCAUCUGGGCAUCCCCAUAAUGAACACGGUCGCGCCCACCAGCAUCCCCGACUGGUACCGCGGCAACGGGGCGAUGGUGCCCACCAGCGUGUACGGGUCCAGCCGCACCGCUAACGUGCGUCGUCUCACCCCCGAGCUGGCGGAGGUGAUCGGUCAGAGUCUGGAGCGCAUGCCCGCCGACCCGGCCACCAUGCUCUCCAUCCACGAGCUGCGCGGGCCGUCCGCCACCUCCAAGAGGGACUCGGUCUUUGCUGCGCGAGAGCCGCAUUUCAUGUUGGAGAUUCUGGGGUGCGUGGUCGCCGAGGGGAAGAAGGAGGCGGCCGAGCAGUGGGCCUCGGAGACGUUGGCGCAGGUGCACGGCACGGAGGCGCAGAACCUGCUCCCGGGCGCUUAUGUCUCGUUGCACUAUGAGGGGGAUCAGAAGAUGUGUGCGGAGGACCGGCUGCAGAAGCUGUUUGGCGAAUUCGCAGAUGCUGUCGGGGGGCUGAAGGAAAAGUACGAUCCGAGCAAUGUGUUUGCUUUGGCGGUUCCGAAGCUGAAGUGAUAUGACGUUCCGAUAGUCUCUUUGCAUUGAUUGUCAGAUUGUACCAUCACAGCCGGUAUGGCGCUUUAGCAGAGUCGUAUUUCAAUCCGCUAGUAGUACUGAGUCGCCACAUGAUAACAGGCAGUGGUACAUUUUGCAGGGAGGAGGCGGGGGCUUCUCUUAUUCAAUCUCUUACCGUCGAUUGCAAGAUCUAUGCUGUCGCAUGCAACACUCCUAUGGAUGUACAAUAUAUCAUACCAUUCCCUAUUCUAAAAAAU